UUUGCUGUGAUGAAGAGUAUCGCUUGGUGCGUCACCUCAUGCAGAACUACGACGCCUCAGUACGUCCCGUGGAGAACUCCUCGCAUCCUCUCCUCGUUACCUUCGGAGUCUCGCUCCAUCACAUUAUUGAUGUAGAAGAAAAAGAUCAGUUGCUGACGACAAACUGCUGGAUCACGCAAGUAUGGAUGGACUAUCACCUCCGAUGGAACACGAGUGACUUUGACGGAAUCGGCGUCAUAAGGAUACCUUUCGAGAGGGUGUGGAAACCCGACAUUAUUCUUUACAAUAAUGCGGAUCCCAACUACCGUUCCGCGGUGAUUAACACGAACGUGAUUGUUCGUCACACGGGCGAAGUGACGUGGCUGAGUCACGGCAUCUACGUAUCUGUGUGUGACAUCAACGUGGAACAGUUCCCGUUCGACGUGCAGCUGUGCACCAUGAAGUGGGCCUCAUGGACUUACGAUGGUUUUCAGCUGGACUUAAUAAAACAAUUCGACGAAGGUGACACAACGAACUACCAGACGAAUGGGGAGUUCGACCUAGUGAGCUUCGAGGCUAAUAAGCACAUGAAGUAUUACUCCUGUUGCGUGGAGCCCUACCCUGACAUCACGUACAUCAUCAAGUUGCGGAGAAGACCCAUGUUCUAUGUGUUCAACCUCAUUCUUCCAUGCUUGCUUAUUAAUGGGAUCGCUCUUCUGGUGUUCUACGUGCCGUCGGAGUCUGGCGAGAAGGUGACCUUGGGGAUCAGUGCACUACUUUCCAUGACGGUGUUUCUUAUGACCAUCAGGGACACCUUGCCACCAACAGAGAAGACUCCACUUAUUAGUCUGUAUUACGGAGUUAGUACGUGUCUAGUAUCGUUCUCAGCGUCUCUCUCCGUGGUCACUCUAAAUAUAUCCUACAGAGGAGUGAGAGGGCAGCCGGUGCCGGCCGCGCUGCGCGAGCUCGUGCUGCAGCGACUGGCGCGGCUACUCUGCAUCAACUUCGAUGUUGACGCCAAGGGUGACAGCACGCCAGUAGCGGUGGGAGUGCAGGUGAACCCUCGCACCGGCUCGCGCCUGAAGGCGGAGCUGAGCUGCGACGGCGCGCCCUUGCCGCCGCCCUCGCCACGCUUCGCCCGGCACAACCACAACCACAUGGCAGGAGCGAUGGCUGCACAGGGUGACGUGAGCACCACCGAGGCCUGUCCGACAGCGUGCGUCCGUUGCGCAUGCUGCGGCUGCACGCUGCGCGAGGCCGCCGCGCGCCACGAACAGCGGGUCGCCGCUAACGAGCGCCUCGAACGUGCCAAUCUUGAGUGGAAACAGGUGGCAGUAGUGGCGGACCGGGCGCUGCUGGCGGUGUUCGUGCUGGUCACUGCCAUCUCCACGGCGGCCAUCCUCCUGCCCCAGCUUACCAACCUGCACGUCGGAAACACGCCCUUGAAACCACCUACUUAAAACCGACCUCAAAUAUCACGGAAACGUCGGAAACAAACUUUUGUGCCAACGAAUAAUUAAUGUACUAUUGUCAAAGUUGUGCCAAUUAAAUAUUAAUUUCAUAACUUAUUCGAGUAAGUGAAUACUCGAUUCAACUUAAAGUUUUAAACUUUUAGUAGGUAUAGGUAUAACGUCGGCCAAAUUAUGAUAAACUUAUUCUGGAUAUCCGGUAAUUAAUGGAUAACCUUCUAACCACCGCCACACCGACAGGUGCCCUCAGGCUGGUCCAGAAAAUGGAUUUAUACACGGUGGCUAAAAAUAAGUUCAUUCCCGUUGCUAGGGAGCGAAAAAAAAAUUUGGCUGUUUUAUACAUUUGGCUGGUCCAUUUUCUAUGGGAGGGUAAUUUUUUUUCGCGAAUUCGUGUUUGGAUGCACUUAUUUUUAGGCACCCUGUAUAUUCUAGUACAAGUUUCGUGGUUUGCGAGAUAAUCGAACUUUUCUUUCUUUUUUAAUAGCCAGCACCGAGGAAGGUCGAUUAUCUCGAAAACUACGAAACUUUUACCACUGUCGGUAGUUAGAAGGUUAUUUAUUAAUUACCGGGCACCUUAUAACGAGAUUAAAUUUAAUUGCCCUAAGAUUUAUUUGCCCUGAUGACAAAAAAUAUUAAUGAUAUGAUAGUACAGAAUGUACAUGUACACGGUUUGUUAAAAUAAUGUGUAAAAAAUGUUUAUCUUUUUAUUUUCCUUAAAAUAAGUUGUGCCAAUAUUACGAGUAUAAAAUGUCAAUUAUUUAGGUAACUAAAUAUUUGAAAUACUGUUCGUUAAGUUGAAUGGUGUAACAUUUGUAGUUUAUAGACGAUGGCAUUAUAGCUAAGGUCUGUUUUUUUAUUCCGUAGACUAAAAUGAGGUUUCAUGUGUAAGACAUGACAUUUCUUAGUACUACAUGAAAUGUCAUUUUAGUCUACGGAAUAAAAAAACAGAAUAUAGCUAUUGUUUAUAUUUUGAUUUAUUUUAUAUUUAAUCUUCGCUAUUUUAUUAACUUGUAAAUACACUUAACAGAUAUAUCACAUAACAUAGGUAAUUAACAAACAACAAAGUACACAAAGAUGGCAAGCACUGACAUUACCUACUUAUCUCAUAAUUGUUCAAAUUACUUAGUUUUCAUUUUAAGAUUACCUAUAUUGAUUAUCAAUGGAAACAGUUUAGAAAUUGAUGUUAGUUGUUGAAAUAAAAUAUUAUAAAAACUAGUGUAUGCUCAAGGUUGUUGCCAAAUAAGAUAAAUAAAAACGAAAGUGUAAAUAUUAAGUAUUAAGAAAGUUACGAUAAUAU